CUGCGGGCUGCCUGUCAAUAAUCGUCUUUCCACUCUCGCAACCAUGGCAACCGGGGAUAGACUGGAUCCAUUCAUCGGCCCACGGGCUUCGGCUUGCGCAAUCCGCGCCCGGGGGGCGAUGCUCUGGGCGAUGCUUCGAGACUUUCCCGGGGCUGAGCUGGGGUCGAAAAGGGUAAAGGUUGCGGCCAAAAACCCUAACCCACUUGCCUGCCUGAAAUGAGAGUGCAGCCUGGGCUGUGACUCGAAAUCAUCCAACUGGCCCAACACAACGGCAACUUGGGUCGACAUUCAUAUCAACCUACUCUGGGCACCAAAAAUCAUUUCGAGGGACAAGUAUCAUGUCAAACUCACCCACCGCGACUCGCCAUGAGCGCACUCUCGGCGCGCUACUUGGUGUGCACGCUGGCGACUCGCUCGGCUCCACGGUUGAAUUCGAAGCCUGGGAAUACAUUCAGAACGACUAUCCACGCGGCGUGAGGGAUAUGGUCGGCGGCGGUCCCUUUGGCUGGACGCCGGGGCAUGCAACAGACGACACCGACCUAACCCGCGCCGUUCUACUCGCGUACCGGGACGUCGAAAAGCUACGGCGAUCCCAGUCCCCCAAGUCGCCAGAUGUGGUCAAGGUUGCCGCGGAAUACAUGGUCGACUGGUACGAUGGACGCUGGCCCGACCGCGCCCGAGGCGAGAUGCCCGCCGACGUCGGCGGCGCUACGGCAACCGGCAUCUCGAGGUUCAAGAGAACGAACGACCCGCGGACUUCGGGGGCCGGAGAGGGCCGCGCGGGGAACGGAUCACUCAUGCGGUGCAUCCCCACCGCCUUGUUCCAGUCCGAUGUGGCCAAGGCACUCACGGAGUCGCUCGAGAUUUCGGCCGUCACGCACGACGAUUUCCAUUGUACCAUCUCCUGCGCGGCAUACAAUGCCAUGGUACGAACACUGGUCGAAGGCAUGUCAGCCGACGAGGCUUGGCAGGCGGGGAAGGACGCGGUGGCGCAGGCGGUCGCCCUUCUGGCUGCGGCAGAGACGACGGCAACUCGGAAGGCCAAGCUGGAGAGCGCGGCGAAUAGCGUCGAGGCGGCCAUCGACGCGGGCAAGUCGCUAGUCCAGGUGCGGGACCUCGCCGAGAACGGACCGAAACGAGCUGCGAACGCCACCAAGGCUCUGCCCUUCAAGGCGUCCGGCUACGUGCUCGAGUCUCUGACCUUGGGUGUUGCUGCCAUCUUCGAUCCCCGCGCAUUGGAGGAAGUCCUUAUUGAUGUGGUAAGGUUCGGCCGGGAUACCGAUACGAACGGCGCCAUCGCCGGCGGCUUGCUUGGAGCGCGGGAUGGUGUGAAUGCUAUCCCCCUGCGGUGGAGGGAGUUGCUGCAAUUCCGGGAUGAAUUUACCGAGGUUACGGAGUAUCUGCUGUCAUCCCAGGAGAGCGGUAAUCAGACAUAGGUAGCGAAAUCAACCCGCUCUCGACCAAUUUCAUUCAUCGCCCCAUCGUACAUAUUAGCCAAGGACCUUGACACCCCGGUUCACUCCUGCAAUCGC